GAUAUUCAAGUACUACUACUCGCGCUGCUGUUAUGACUCGGAAAUUGAUCGACUGACAUCAGAAACGAACCAAAUAAUUUUAUUUUGUUCAUCAGAUCAAGACAAACGUAUAUUAUCAUAUCUUCCCUUGGAUAUCGAGGGGAAAAUCGUCUCUUAGGCAACCAAGGUAGCUUGCGUUUUUCUUAGUAAGAUAGGAAAAGUUUGAUAAAACAGCAGAAGGCGUCAUCCCAGCCUAACGCAACUGUAGUUAGUCAAUAAGCCUAAUACAAAAAUGGAAUCACAAGAAAAAGUAGAGGGAGAUACAGACUCUCAAGAGGUUACUGCAAGAGGAGGCUUUGAAGAGGACGAGCGAUUGAGUGACUUUGGUUCCCCAAAAAGAGGUCCAACAUUAUCAACUAGCACCAGUAGCUUUGAAGCUCUUGAUCCCCAUGAUCCCAAUCUCAGCCAUUUGGCAACUUUGAUGUUUUCUCACACAUCAAAUUAUUUACAGGGUGAAUUAUCAGCAGUUUUAGAAGAUUAUACUUUGCUGGAGCAGAUGAACCGUUCCACCAUCACUAAAUAUGGAGACAUGCGUCAAAUUGGAGGCAGCGUUAGUCGAGCACUGAAAGAUCUCAAUGAAAAAUAUGUUGCUCUUCAACCAUAUCUUGACCAAAUUGACCAGAUUGAUGACAGUGUGACAAAAUUAGAAGCAGCAGCAUAUAAACUUGAUGCUUAUUCUAAGAGGUUAGAGGCAAAAUUUAAAAGUUUAGAGAAAAAGUAAUUUAAACUUAUAUUUCAAUAUUUUAGGCUGAAAUGACCAUUACAGUUGUCAUUUCCAAACCCUCUUAUGAAAUUACUAGGCAUUGUUUUGAAGCCAAAGAUUAUAAGGACAGUAGUUAUUCCAAGUACACUUCAGUAUAUUUUGAAAUAUUUACAUAGAUCAUUUUUAUAAUACUUAAACUCUACUUCAGUAUUGACCCUUUCUAGCAUUAUCUGAGAUCAAA